AUGUCUAGAAUAGCAGUCGCGUCUCUCGUUGCCCCUCAAGAAGUGCUCUCAUCCAAUUUGUCCCUUUCACGUCCAACGGUCUCGCAGUUUCUUACCCUCUUCUUUUUACAGNNAUCUGUCUCCGUAAGAGCACCAAUGCAGCAAGAAUGGUAUGAAGAGAAUGGACGCUGGUACCAUGCAUGGCAGAAGGGUCUAUACAUGUACCCGCAUGACGAGGCUGGGUUGAGCCUGCACUCGGCGAGGUUGAUCCCCGAGGUCACUCAUCGUCCUCGAAUCAUGGACCUUGGGUGCGGAACUGGCUUCUGGGCAAUUGACAUGGGCGAGNCAAUACCCAGAGGGAGAGAUCUUGCCAACCUCCAACCUGCUCAGAUCCCACCCAAUCACCAGNNACAUCUCCGACCCGGGUUUGGAUGUAUCGAACAACUCGAAAUAGAUUUUGAGCCUCGUUGUGACGAUGGUACACUUCCUCCAGACUCCUAUCUCAGGCAAUGGUACGACUAUCUGGUGCGGGCUACAGACCAGACACCGAAGACCAUUCGCUACUCGCACAACACCCGACAAGCCUUGUCCCAGGCUGGCUUCACCGACAUCUCAGAACGGGUCAUCAAAGCACCAUAUCGGGCAUGGUCAACUGACCCUACUGCCUUCAACAUCGGCAACUUUCAUCAGACUGCAUUAGACCUCUGUGCUGGCCUUGAAGCACUGAGUCUAGGCCCAUUCUCACGUGUGUUUGGCUGGAGCAAGCAAGAAAUCGAAGGCUUCCUUGCCGGAGUAAGAGCGGAAAUCCGCAACCGUUCAAUCCACGCAUACACAAACAUGUAA